AUGCCAGCCUUCACCGUCCUGAGCGGCGGCAUACAGACACGUCGCGCCCGCGUCGUAUUCAUCGCCCUUCUUCUCAUCAUCUUUGUGCUCUUCCUCAACAACUCUGGUCUCGCGGGCGGUGGUAGCUACCUGGACUCCGCGCGGUAUGCAGCCACGGGCAGCGGGAAAGCCUCUGGCGCCGGUGGUGAUGCCGGCAAGCAGACGGUCGGAAAUCAGGAUAAGGACAAGCAACUACCGGUCGCAUUUGGUGAGCCCGAUGCCGCCGCCGACAAGCUCAAGGCCGACGCCGAGGAAGGCCAGGACUCGUACCGCAACAAGGACGAGGAGCUGGCCAAGCAGCCGCCCCUGGACGCCGGUAGACCCGGGGAUUCAAAACCCAAUGAUGAUCCCGCGUCGGCACCGAUACCGAUACCAGCAGCGGAUUGUGAAUCUUUUGAGAGCUGGAUGCGCAAGCGGCCCGGCCCGCCGUCCGAGGGCAAACGCAAGUUCCCGCUCAACCGGCCCCUACCGGAAUGUCGCACGUUCCGCCUCCCCGCCAUGGACAACCUCAUCACCCGCAUGAAGGGCGUCAUCAAGGACCCGGACCUGUACCGCCUAUUCGAGAACGCGUACCCCAUGACGCUCGACAGCAUGGUCAAGUGGCGGGGGUACGCCAACGAGACGGACGAGGCGACGGGCGAAUCCAAAGUGACGGACCAGGAGCUCACGUACGUCAUCACGGGCGACAUUGACGCCCUCUGGCUGCGGGACAGCGCCGAGCAGAUCAGCCCGUACCUCCCGCUCCUCGAGGCCUCGAGGGACGCAAACUCUCUCGCGAGCCUGUGGCGCGGCCUCAUCAACGCGCACGCGCGCUACAUCAUCAUCUCGCCGUACUGCCACAGCUUCCAGCCGCCGCCCGAGAGCGGCAUCCCGCCGACGCACAACGGCGCGUACGUGCACAACCACCCCAUGCCGGCGUACGACCCGGUAAAGGUCUUUGACUGCAAGUGGGAGCUCGACUCGCUGGCCUCGUUUUUGAAAAUGUCCGUCUCAUACGCGGACAAGACGGGCGACUGGCAGCACUUUAACAAGUACCACUGGGUCGACGCCGUCGAAGCCGCCGUCAACGCCGCGGGCGCGAUGCGCCUGGGCACGUACUCGCCCGAGGGCAAAGUGGAAAAGUCGGCGUGGACGUUCACGGGCUGGACGAACCGCGGCAGCGAGACGCUGACCAACGACGGACUGGGCAACCCGAUCAAGGAGAACGGCAUGAUCCGCACGGCAUUCCGCCCCUCGGACGACGCCUGUAUCUUCCAGUUCCUGGUGCCGGCCAACAUGAUGUGGGCAAAGUACCUCGAGUCCGCCUCCGAGAUCAUGGCCAAGCUCGACGGCGAGAAGGCCAAAAAGCUAACAGUCGAGAUGCGCGCGCAGGCGUUUGGGAUCCGGCAGGGCAUCGAGAAGGACGCCAUCGUGCACCGGCCCGGGUUCGGCGAUAUCUUUGCGUAUGAGGUGGACGGGUACGGCGGCGCGAACCUGAUGGACGACGCCAACGUGCCGUCUCUCCUGGCGAUGCCGCUCUGGAACUUUACGCACUCCAACUUCAAGUACCCGGACCCCCCCAAGGGCGAAAAGCGGCACGACUACGCAGAGGUCUACCGCAACACGCGCAAGUACGUCCUCAGCGACGCCAACUCGUACUACAUGAAGGGCCCAGCCAUCUCCGCCGUCGGCGGCCCCCACGUCGGACCCGGUAAAGCGUGGCCCAUGGCGGCCGUCAUCGCGGCCAUGACGGCGUACGAUCCCAUCUCCGGGAUCAAGGACGUGGAGAAGGACGUCGAGGAGCAGUUGCGCAUGGUGCUGGAUUCGACGGACGGCACGGGCGUUUUGCACGAGGGCGUCAACAGCUGGGACGAGAAGGACUGGACGAGGGCGUGGUUCGGGUGGGCGAACGGGUUGUUUGGGGAGUUGGUUUUGAAGAUGGAGGAGGAGGGGAAGAAGAAGGGCGGCGGCGGCGGCUUGUUGGCGAAGAGCUGGCAGGGUGGCGGCGCUACGCGGUAG